AUGUCAUUGCCGUCAUCAUCAUCGUCGUCGUCGGAAAUAAAAUCUUCUGAGAUAACGGAUACCCAAAAUUCGACCACUACAUCAAGCGGACAGACUAUUUACGCGCCACGUUGGAUCCGGAAAACCCGUCUGGGUCACGUGACGAGGGAUAGUAGCUCAAGUAACAAAACUCCGACCGUUGGCCCGCGGACGAACAAACGAUCACCGUCGUCGUGGUGUUCGAUAAAUGUCGAUAAUUAUUCUGACGACGAAAUUCGACCGAAACUACAGCAAUCGUCUUCUUUGUCUUCCGAGCUAACACAGUUUUCAACAAAAUCGCCCGUCAACAAUCUUCAACCUAUGCAAAACCCGUCGAAUUCGUCCAAGUACAAGAGUUCUGACGAUUUGCUGUACAACAACGCACUCGUUAAUAAAUUGCGAAAUUCGAGCGUAAUCAAAAAAAAACAUCUAUUGUUCAACACGAAAAACUCGAACAUCGGCAGUUCAAAUGCUACUUUCGAAUGGUUUCUUCCUGGUAAAGGAACGACCUACUCGGUAACAGAUAGUUUGAAAUCCCGAAUAAUAAUUAAAUUACAUCGAUUCGUUUUAUACGUUUUGCUGAUACUAGACAUUCGUUUUUCACCGUAUACAUUCUCCUUUUGGUAUUGACAAUGUGUGUUGUAAUCAUAGUUUAAAAUUAAAUUAUCAUUAUUGUUUUUACUUUUUUGGAAACUGAUGAAAGCUACACACAGGAAAAUAAAACUGUAUAUUGAAUUUUACAGGACGAAUGCAAAAGAUCUGGUGAAUUUGACGAAUACAUAGAGACGAAUCUCACUUUCGAACAUCGAUUCCAUUGGUCGGAAAAUAUUGAAUAUUGUUCUCCGUGGGUCGAAGACAGAUCGAGAGAAAUUUUUAACCACGUUAAUGAAAUCGGACUCUUCGGAGCGCAAAGGGAAGAGAUAGGACACGAUGACAAGAACAUUUCCGAUAUUUCAAAAGAUGAUUCCAUCCGUGAUGACUGCACCAGUGAAACAGAUGACGGCAUCACGUAUGCAGUUGCAAGUCGAUUUUGUGAUAUAUUGAUGAAACACAAUAAGACUACAGACGAUAAAUCUAAAUGCCAAUGUUCUUCAGAUGAACAAUUCAAGUGGACUAAACUUUACGAAAAGCUCGGUAAUUAUGAGUGA